AUGAGCGACUUCACAUCCAAAGUCGAGGUCCUCAGGGACGGCCAAAAGCCCGAAUUCCCUUCCAACGCCAACACACUCGAGUAUGCCCAGAGUCUGGACGCGCAAGAUGAGCUCAGGCAUUUCAGAGAUGAGUUCAUCAUUCCCACGCGCGGCUCGCUGAAGAAGAGGGCGCUUGACGGGACGAUUCCUGGCGUCCCAACACCCGGCACCACCGAAGCCGACACCCCCUGCAUCUACUUCGUCGGCAACUCCCUUGGCGCCCAACCCAAGGCCGUCCGGACUUACCUCGAAGCGCAACUAGAGACCUGGGCCUCCAUCGGCGUCAACGGUCACUUCUCAUCCAUGUCCAACUCCCCCCUCGCGCCCUGGCAAGACAUGGCAGCCGAUUGCGCCGCCAAGUCCGCCGCCAUCGUCGGCGCCGCGGACCCUUCCGAAGUCGUCAUGAUGAACACUUUGACCGUCAACCUGCACUUCAUGAUGGCCUCCUUCUACCGGCCCACUGAGAAGAGGCACAAAAUCAUCCUCGAGUGGCGCCCCUUCCCUAGUGAUUGGUACGCUUUCCAGAGCCAGAUCGAAUGGCAUGGUUUGGACCCCGAGAAGUCGAUGGUGGAGAUUCAGCCUGAUGAGAACCUUUACUUGUCGACGGAGAAGAUCCUCAAGACGAUCGAUGAGCAUGCUGAAGAUGCGGCACUGCUUCUCUUGCCGGGUAUCCAGUACUACACCGGCCAAUUGUUCGACAUUCCGCGCAUCACCAAGUAUGCUCAGGAGCGCGGCCUCGUUGUCGGCUGGGACUUGGCCCACUGCGCGGGUAACGUCGAGCUCCAACUUCACGACUGGAACGUCGACUUCGCUGUCUGGUGCACGUACAAGUACCUCAACGGUGGCCCCGGUUCCAUGGCCGGUGCUUUCGUGCACGAGCGUCACGGAAAGGUGGAUAUGAGCUCUGGCAAGCCGGUGUUCAAGCCAAGACUGUCGGGCUGGUACGGAGCGGACAAAAGCGUGCGGUUCAACAUGGACAAGGAGUUCCAGCCUACGCCUGGCGCGCAGGGUUUCCAGAUCAGUAACCCGAGCGCAAUCGACCUGACAAGUUUGGCGGCUGCGUUGUCGGUGUUCAACAAGACGAGCAUGAAGGAUCUGCGGAGCAAGGCGUUGGUGUUGACAGCGUAUACGGAGCAUUUGCUGGAUGAGAUUGUCAGGAGACAGCCGGAGGGCGAGGAGCCGGCGUUCAAGAUCAUUACGCCUAGGGAUCCUUUGCAAAGGGGGACACAGUUGAGCUUGUUGUUGAGGGAUGGGUUGAUGGAUAAGGUGGCGGCAGCGCUGGAGGAGAAUGGUGUGGUUUGCGACAAGAGGAAACCGAAUGUUAUUCGUGUGGCGCCGGUGCCGAUGUACUGUCGGUUUGAGGAUGUGUGGAAGUUUAUGGAGAUCUUUGAGGGAGCUAUCAGGGGUUAG